AUGCGUAUCAGCUCACUCAUCGCCACCCUCUCCGCGGUGGGAGCCGUCUCGGCGGUGCCCCAUGCCCGGUCCAACAGCGGCUUCAGGUGGAGGCGUGAUAACUCCACCCUCCCCAACCCCUUCGAUGGGAAGACGCUCUUCGCCAACCCCGCCUGGGGCGCCAAGCUCGAGAGGGCGUUCGACGCCUUCACGGCCAGGGACGACGCCGAGAACGCGGCCAAGGUGCGCACCAUCCAGAAGACGGGCACCUUCGUCUGGGUGUCGGACCGGGCGAGCCUGAAGAACAUCGACACCGCCAUCGAGCAGGCGCGCGCGGCCAAGGAGGCCACGGGCGUGGACCAGAUUGUCGGGCUAGUGCUCUACAACCUGCCCGACCGGGACUGCAGCGCCGGCGAGAGCGCGGGCGAGCUGAGCAGCGACAAGGACGGCCUCGAGAUCUACAAGAACGAGUUCGUCAAGCCCUACGCCGAGAAGGUCGGCGCCGCCACGGACCUCACCUUCGCCAUCGUCCUGGAGCCUGACUCCCUGGCCAACCUCGUCACCAACCAGGGCAUCGAGUUCUGCGCCCAGGCCGGCCCUGUCUACCAGGAGGGCAUCGCCUACGCCAUCGCCAGCCUGCAGUUUGACAACGUUCACCUGUACAUCGACGCGGCCCACGGCGGAUGGCUCGGCUGGGACCAAAACCUGCCUCUUGCUGCCGCCGAGUUCGGCAAGGUGUUCCGCAUGGCCAGCAACAGCACCGGCGGCUCGGGCAACAGCACGCGGAUCCGCGGCUUCGCGACCAACGUGUCCAACUACAACCCGUUCAACGCCAACCCGCGCGAGAACUUCACCAUCGACAGCAAGUCGUGGGACGAGUCGCACUACGCCACGUCUCUGGCGCCCCACCUCGAGGCCGAGGGUCUGCCCUCGCGCUUCAUCAUCGACCAGGGCCGCGUCGCCGUCCCCGGCGGGCGCGAGGAGUGGGGCGAGUGGUGCAACGUCGAGGCCGGGUUCGGCAUGGCGCCGGGCACGCCGGUCAACAACACGCUCAUCGACAGCAUCGUCUGGAUCAAGCCCGGCGGUGAGAGCGACGGUGAGUGUGGGAUGGAGGGCGCGCCGAGGGCGGGUGCGUGGUUCGAGGAGUAUGUCGAGAAGCUGGUCGAGAAUGCGGAUCCUUCUAUUAAGGGCGAGGCGGCGGCAUGA